AUGGGAGUCACGACAUCAGAGGCGAAAAACAUCACGUCUGACUCGGGUACAGGCCUUAUGGCCAAAGGACCCGAGGCUCUGCACGACCUCAUGCUGUCCAACAUCGAGACAGCCACGGGCCGUUCGAUGCCCCGUAUGGACAUUCGAUUCAACAACUUGUCAGUCACAGCCGACAUCGUUGUCGUCGAGGACGAUGGCUCCAAACAGGAGCUACCGACGCUGCCCAACACCGUGAAAAAGGCCUUCGCUGGGCCCAAGAAACGCUCGGUGCGCAAGCAAAUCCUCAAGAAUGUCAGUGGUGUCUUCAAACCAGGCACCAUCACACUCUUGCUGGGUCAACCGGGCUCCGCUCGCCACCAGACACACCACGGAUCAUAG